CAGGAAAUAAGUCUAACUGCACAGAAAAUUAAUAUUUUUGCAACUAAUCUCAUGCAUUUUUAAAUUUAAGUAUCAAUAGCAAAGGCAUCAUAGAUAGUUAGGUAGAAAAGAGAUACCUAGUAUCAUGGAAUUCCAAGGUAAAGCAGCUUUUUACAUCAGCCCAAAGUACAGGUAACUAAUUGCGCAGUACUGACAGGUUCUUGGUUAAAAGCUGUUAAGUUCCCUGGACCGAUCUCUUCAGGAAUAUCACUUGAACUUUUGGAAUUGCUUUUCAAGUUGUACAGCAAUGCAUUGUUAGAAUGGAAAAACGACUACUUCUCAGCUUAGGCUGGCUAUGGAUUACAAUACUUUUACUAAAAGGAGGAUCUUUGCUCACACAAGUGUUGGUUCCUUUACAGCGGAGAAUAUAACAGAUUCUACACAAUCAACAAAUGCUGAUAGCACACCAUCUACAACUCUGCCACCUAACAAAGUAAACAUAGCAGCCAUUGUGGCUCCAUGUGUCAUUGGUGGGGUGAUAGUUCUAGCUAUCAUUCUGACUUUUCUAAUUUUAAAACUGCGUGAGAAACGUCAGACUGAAGGGAACUACAGCCCGAGCAACCAGGAGCAGACGGGAUCACGCUUGGAAAUGAACAAUACCCUUAAACUACCACCAGAAGAGCGCCUUAUCUGAAAUGUUCAGGCUCUGUGAUGCACAAGACUUGAGGUUUUAUGGUGGAAGGAGUAGGAGAAGUCAACAGAUCCCAGGUAUUCCCUGUGCUACUUAAUGAGUUAGGAGAAAGAGAAAUGUUACAAAGCUGUCCAGCUCAAAGUGUGUGUGUUUUCUUUAAACCAUGGCAGCUUCAAAGCUAACCCUGCAUGGAUUAUCCUUAAACUGUUUAACCUUUUCGACUCUUGUCAGCAGGAUGUGGAAACCUGGACCUCAGAGAUUCUGCUGUAUG